AUGUCGGCCAUGGAUGAAGGUUCCAACCUUCUUGCUCUCGUUGCUUUGUGGCCUUGCUUGACUGCUCUCGUACCCUCGUUAAAUGAACCAUACUUCUUCCGAAAGCCGAACCACGAACGGAUGGGCCCCGACUUCCUCAUAAUCCUCGCCGUCGGCCAAUUCGAAUCGGCCAGGCAAUCUGUUCGGAACUUUCAUGAUGCCGGCUACAGAGGAUGGACGAUGAGGCACGCCUUUUUUGCAGACAUGGGCGGGUUUCUGGUGGAAUGCUCUGGCAAGGCGCCAAUUGCGUUGAACGCAGAACAAUUGCUUCUUUUCAUCAGGAAAGGAUACGUGGAUGACCGGCAAUGCUUCGACAAGGCGGCGAUCGACGACAAAAACAAGCAUGAUGGCCUUGCGCGUAUCAUUACCGUUCUCCAGGCCCUUAUCUUUGCAAUCACUGCUAUCGGCCGAGUUGCCUCAGGCCUUUCAAUCACCACCCUUGAACUUACAACACUGGCCUUUAUUUUCGCCAUGCUUGCCACAUCCUGUUUUUGGCGGCACAAACCUCAAGAUGUUACCACGGGUAUUGUUCUGAAGACUGGGAUCACAUCGAGAGAAGUGCUCAAUGCUCUCGAAGAGUCCGAUGCUCAAGCCUCCCACGAUCAAUGGCUCAUCCGCAUGAUGUAUAAAUGGUUCAAAAAUAUCCUGCGGUGGAUGAUCAUACACCUCUUCCGACGUCGCUCAUCUGACAAGGACUCGCUUACGGAGCAAGAUGUACAACUAUUACCAGAUCGAAUACCCGGCGAUAAUUUUCCUACCUUCUCCCUCCUUGCUGACGUCUACUGUGGCGGACUGAUGCAGAUAUACUCAUGCAGUUUUCUGGCAGGCUGGAACUUCUACUUCCCUACACCUGUCGAGCGCAACAUUUGGCGAGCAGCCAGCGUGACGACACUUAUCUUCACCAAUCCCUGCGGCUUCGUUCUCUUGUACUUCGAGUAUUACCACUUCGAUGAUUGGAAGAGACGGAAUGACGGUGGCUGGGUACGCAAGAUCAUCGAAUUUCAUUGUAGGAUCCUUGGCUUGCGAAUGAACACAUCCUCCACGUGUCUUCCCUUGGAAGCAAAGGACACCAAUUUGGUCAAGCGAUCGACGACUGGGUUACCACCGUGGGGCGUGGUUUACUGCACGGGCAUCUGCGCUAUAUAUACCUUGGCAAGAAUAUACAUCUUGGUGGAGGAUGUCAUCGGCUUGAGACGGCUCCCGAAAGACGUAUUCGAGACGGUGACUUGGUCGCAGUACCUCCCGCAGAUAUGA